AUUAAGUGUUGCAAAAAAAAAAAAACACUGGUCCAAAACAAGGAAGCUGUAACACUUGACAGGUUACUGCUAGUGAUACAGGCAACCCACAUGUGAAGAUGAGCGUCCCAGACUACAUGCAAUGUGCCGAGGACCACCAGACGGUACUAGUGGUGGUCCAGCCGGUUGGCAUAGUGCCCGAGGACCAGUUCUUCAAGAUCUACAAACGCAUCGCCAGCGUGAGCCAGGUGAACAUCAGAGACUCGCAGCGCCUCCUCAUCCGCUACCGCCACCACUAUCUGCCCGAAAACAACGAGUGGGGGGACUUCCAGACGCACCGCAAGGUGGUGGGCCUCAUCUCCAUCACCACCUGCGCCUCGGCCAAGGAGUGGCCCCAGACCGCCGAGCGCUUCCACGGACAGAAGGAGGUGUACAGCUCCACGCUGUACGACUCGCGCUUGCUGGUGUUCGGGCUGCAGGGAGAUGUUGCAGAGCAGCCGCGGACGGAUGUGGCCUUCUACCCCAGCUUCGAAGACUGCCCAGAUGUGGAGAAGCGAGUGGAUGACUUUGUGGGGUCCAUAUUUAUUGUUCUGGAGUCCAAGCGGCUCGACCGGGCCACGGACAAGUCGGGCGACAAGAUCCCACUGCUCUGUGUGCCCUUCGAGAAGAAGGACUUUGUGGGUUUGGACACGGAUAGCAGGCAUUAUAAAAAGCGUUGCCAGGGGCGGAUGAGGAAGCAUGUCGGGGACUUGUGUCUCCAGGCAGGCAUGCUGCAGGACGCCCUGGUCCACUACCACAUGGCCGUGGAGCUGCUCAGGGGGGUUAAUGACUUCCUCUGGCUGGGUGCUGCGUUGGAGGGUUUGUGUUCGGCCUCUGUCAUAUUCCACUACCCUGGAGGCACGGCGGGGAAGACUGUCGCACGCAAGCCAAGCAUCUCCCAGCCGGCAGACGCAGGGAAACGCCACAGACCAGGGGCUCAGGAGGUUCUCAUUGACCCAGGUGCCCUCACAGCCAACGGCAUCAGUGCAGACACCAGCACUGAGAUUGGACGUGCAAAGAACUGCCUGAGUCCUGAGGACAUUAUCGAGAAAUACAAAGAGGCCAUCUCCUACUAUGGAAAGUAUAAGAACGCAGGCGUGAUCGAGCUGGAGGCCUGCGUGAAAGCGGUCAGGGUGCUGGCCAUUCAGAAGAGGGCCAGGGAGGCCUCCGAGUUCCUGCAAAACGCUGUUUACAUCAACCUGGGACAGCUCUCAGAAGAGGAGAAGAUCCAACGCUACAGUAUCCUUUCCGAGCUCUACGAACUGAUUGGCUUCCAUCGCAAGUCUGCGUUUUUCAAGCGCGUUGCAGCCAUGCAGUGUGUGGCUCCCACCAUCCCAGAGCCUGGCUGGAGGGCCUGCUACAAGCUGCUGCUGGAGACGUUGCCUGGAUACAGCCUGUCGCUUGAUCCCAAGGACUUCAGCAAAGGUACCCACCGAGGCUGGGCUGCUGUUCAGAUGCGCCUCCUACAUGAGCUGGUGUACGCCUCCCGUCGCAUGGGCAACCCCGGCCUGUCUGUGCGCCACCUGUCCUUCCUGCUGCAGACCAUGCUGGACUUCCUGUCCGAUCAAGAGAAGAAAGAGGUGACCCAGAGUCUGGAGAACUACACCUCCAAGUGUCCGGGUGGAAUGGAGGUCAUCACGCUUCCCGAUGGCCUGAAGCUCCCUCCGGUGCCCUUCACAAAGCUCCCCAUUGUCCGAUCAGUGAAGCUCCUCAAUCUGCCCGUCAGUCUGCGUCCUCACAAAGUGAAAGGCCUGCUGGGACAGAAUAUGUCCACCACCAGCCCCUUCAUCUACUCGCCAAUCAUCAUGCACAACCGAGGAGAGGAGCGUUGUAAGAAGAUAGACUUCCAGUGGGUUCAAGGAGACGUUUGUGAAGUACAGCUCAUGGUCUACAACCCCAUGCCUUACGAAUUGCGUGUGGAGAACAUGGGUUUGCUGACAUCUGGAGUGGAGUUUGAAUCCCUGCCUGCUGCGCUGUCCCUGCCUGCAGAGUCUGGCCUGUACCCCGUCACUCUGGUUGGCGUCCCACGUACAGCUGGCAACAUCACCGUCAAUGGUUACCACACGUCAGUGUUUGGUGUAAACAGCGAUUGCCUGUUGGAGGGCCUGCCUGCUGUGAAAACUAGUGGCUGUUUGGUGGAGGUCAUUCCCUCCCUUCCUCGUCUCCAGCUCAGCACCUCACUACCACGGUCAGCCUACACGCCUCAGCCAACAUCCAAAGAGGAACUGUCCAGCACCGUGUCCGUACAACUUUUCAACGGGGAGACACAGCAGCUGACCAUCACCUUGGAGAACAUUGGCUCUGAGGACAUCGAGACUCUGGAGCUCACCUCUAAGAUUGUCAGCACCAAAGAGAAAGUGUUUGGGGAGUUCCUGAGCUGGGAGCUAGAGGAGGCUUUGUCUCACCUGCCUCUAAAGUCGGGCCAGGCCGUGACACUGACUGUCAGCAUCAAAGUCAAGCUGGACUUCUCUGGUCAGGAGAACCUGCUGCAGGACCUCAAUGAUGAUGGGAUCAGUGUGACAGGCCUGCCAAUCUCCAGUCCGCUCCGCCAAGUCCUCAAACCCAGGCCCGAGAACAAGACCGCCAGCAGUGAGUCCGGCAAGGCAGAGUACAGCCAUAUUAAGACUUUGGAAGCAGUGCUGAACUUCAAGUAUUCGGGGGGAGCAGGCAAAGUGGAGGGCUACUACAGGGAGCUGUCUUUGGGAGUCCAUGUUGACGUGGAGCCGUCUGUAUUCUUUACCAGAGUCAACACCCUACCUGCAACCAGCACUCGCCAGUGUCAUCUACUGCUCGACAUCUUCAACCCAACGGAGCACGAGCUCACUGUCAGCGCCAAGAACAACCAGGAACUGGUUCUCCAUGCCAGCGAGUGCCAGAGGAUGGCCAUCCAGGUUGACAAGUUUGACUUUGAGAGUCUGCCACAGCCGGACCAGGAAACGGCUAGCUUCACUAACCCCAAACAGCUGGAGGAGGAGCGACAACAUGCCCAGGGCUGCCAGAUCAACAGCAAGCUGGGCAUCUGUUGGAGCAUCCCGUCCCUGCGGCGCCGUGGAGAGGCCAGUGUGGAGGGAGUCCUCAACCAGCUGGUCCUGGAGCACCUACAGCUCGCACCUUUGCAGUGGGAUGUGUUGGUGAAUGGGAAGCCGUGUGACUGCGAUGUCAUUGCCGACUGUAAAGCGGGUGACGCUGUCACCCUGGAGGUACAACUGACCAAUCGGAGCAAGAACUCAGUGGGCCCCCUGGCUCUGACUGUGGUGCCCUAUCAGGACUUCCAGAACGGAGUCCAGAACUACAAUCUGGAGGACGCGGUCACCUUCAUCGGCUCCAACACUUUCUAUAUUGACACGGUUAAACCCAAGGAAAACUCUGUCUGUGUGGGUGCCCUGCUCUUCCUCUACACUGGAGAUUUCUACCUUAAGAUCAAGUUCCAGGACGACAGUGCCGGACGAGAGCUUCCUUUAGCCUGGUUCACUCUGCCCAGCGUCCACAUCCGAGCCCUGGCCACUCCGCUGCAGGCCGGGGCCUGAGGUUCUGGUGGCCUCAACAUUAUAGCUCUGAAUGAAGGAUGAAGAGUUUGGAUGUUGAAGUUCUCUGUAAAUACACAAUUUUCUUUGGAAUUGAAUCACAUGUAAAUAUCAUUUUGGUAAAGGUUAUAGCAUGUGUACAGUACAGUGCAGGCGCGCAAACUCACACGGACACACCCCCGCACACAGUCAUGUGCGUAUGUGGCUAUCUAGCUAAUGAUACAGCUCACAUCUGUACCGUUGGCUGUUUAGGGUGAUUAUAAACCAUCCGCUUUGAAUGUUAUCAGCCAAUUGAAUGGGCCUUAUCAGUUGUUUAUCACUACCAUAGAUAUGACAUGGUGUGACAAAAAGUUACCAAAAGUCAAAGUUGACUAUAAGUUACGAUUGCUACGUAAGUUAUGUUCCUUGCGUGCCAUUUUUAACUAACAAACGUUAGUAUUUUAACCCAAAACAUGAUCUUUUCCUAUACUUUACCAAGUACUUUUGUUGCCUGAACCCAACCAAGUAAUGCUAUUUAUGUUAAACUUCACAACGGGAAUCCCAGAGCAUUAAAUAGUGACAUCAAGAGGUCCUGACCAAGCUUACUACAACCAUUACCAUGUGAAUAGGGGUUAGAGUUAGGGUUACAUGAUAACAGUCUUUUGAACCUACUGGUAGGUGAAGCAAGCCCCUUCUAACCCAUGUCUAUGAGGCUGAUAACCACUAAUAAUAAUGCCCUUUUAAUGGAGUGAUAACAUCCUAAACAGGUAUUAAAAACAAACCGCUUCUAUUUCUUUUUCUGAACACAUUGUUAAAGGCUCGGACCUAAAUCACUUCAUUUCAGUGGAAUCACUGCCAUCAGUGGACUCUCUCCUGGAGUAAGUAAAUUUGCCUUAUGCUUUCACGUUAAGUUUAACAUUGACACAUGAAUUUACGUUAUUGACCAAUAGCAAGCCUGACACUGAGCUUUGAAAGAACUGAGCCAGACGCCAAUUCUUUCUUCCUAGGACUGCAAAGUGAUGACCCGCCUUACUCUGCCUGUGAUUGGCUGGUACUCGUUGCCUUCAUUGGUUGGGUUGGUUAGGUCCAGGCAUGAGGAGUGAGAUUGGAUAGGGUAAGAAUACCAGGGUCAGUAAAUAAGAGGCAGAGUAGGGCAGGCCGUGCCUUUGCCAUCCUAGGAGGAAAAAAACACCACAAACCUUACAGUCUCGUGAUAUUUUAAUAAGCUAUCUUAUUAACUGUGUCGCACCAUCCCUUUUCAUAUCACCCUGCUCUGCUAGACUGUAAACUGCUCCACAAAAGAGAUGCAGUAUGGUUUGCACGGUCAAUCAUUAGACAGGAAUAAAUGCUCCAAUUGCGUUUCCUUGAAUUAACUGUGUACACUUUCCAGAUUGCGCCGUUUUGGCUAGCUACCUUGCUAACUGGUAGUUAGCUAACUGCUAGCUAGCUAAACUGGUUGCAGUGAAUGAUAGCCAGGGCACGAAAUGCAAAUUGUCACUAUGUUACCAAGUUUCCAGCACCAACUGUUCUGCUAGGAUAUGCGAACGUCCACUUUCUGGUGCGACAGAGCACCAAUAUUGUCACACUUGUUUUUAUCUUUAGCGGUUUGUUUUUCUUCAGUCACAGUGCCAUGUCUUUUGAAUAACAAAAUAUCUACUGAAAGAAAAUAUGAAGAAUUGGUGUUAAGGGGCAGAAGACCUCAGAGCCCCGAUUGAAGAAGAGGAGCUGCAAACCCAUCACUCGGAAUGUGAUAUAAGCUAGAGUCUAUAGCCAGUUAUGUACACAUAAAAUAUAUUUAUUUCUACUGCUGUAUGGAUAUUUUCUCUUGCCUCUGUGCCACCACAAUGAUUUACUGAUGAAUCUGACUGUCUUAGAUUAGCCUAUCAUUAUGUACAACCUAUACUUGUUGUAAAUAAAUGCUAAAGGAAGCAACCUUGGUUUGUUUUGA